UCAGAACUGGUUUUUACAGUUAAUUUACGUCAUACGCCAGUUUGAAUAGAUUCUUAAAAUCAACAUAUCCUCCCCGCUUCCCUGCUUUCUUAUUUCUUAAAAAAGAAAAGAAGCAUUAGUUGUUAUUAUCUCUGAUUUACAUUAUGGGAUAAUGAGAACGAUCGCGACUACCAUUUGAACAUCUGAACAUUAAACAGCGACGGGUGAAAAGAAGACAGCCGCCUACAUUAGAAGAGACGAUCCGCUACCUCCGUUCGUCUCGCUCUUUAGUGCGCAGACGCUUAUCUUUCAACACUAGAUUACAGCGGUCCGAGAAAUGUGUAAUAGCUUGCGUGACUUUGCAUUGGAUAGGUAUUUAAACGUAGAUUACUCAUUCCUUCCUGAUUCUCUCUCAUUCGCUCCCGAGAGGUCUUUCUGAAUCAUCUCACCUUAGUUGGACGUACUUAAGAGUUACAACCGCUGUUCUUUUGCUUCUUUGCACGCGAUGGAGAGUGGUAGCAGAGGGAACACUUUCAAAAUAAUGAAUCGGCGUAACGUGUACAGCGCGUUCAUCGUGAUAUUAGCCCUACUGGAAUUUGGAACUGUUCCUCAGCAACGCAUAGGCUUCUAUUGCAAUGACCCAAAGAUUUCCUUCAAAUUUCUCGGAGACACGAUCUCCAUUUCCCUGUUGCUCACUGUUUCUCUCCUGCUGCCACUCGUUGUGAUGUUCCUAGUGGAGUACCUGUGCCACCCUGAAAACAGUUACACCACAACCUCAGGAUGUUCUGGUUCAAGAGUGAAACAAGUCUGGUUUUGGUACGGACACUAUUUAAUCGGAACAGUUUGCUUGAUAUUCUUGUGUGACGUCAUGAAGACUCUCAUUGGAGAGCCAAGGCCUCAUUUUUUGGAUACGUGUAAACCUCUUGAGGCUCACAAUUGCACUGAUGGAUAUGUGAGGUCCUACACUUGCACGAACACAAACGAUUCAACCUGGUUCAUCUCAGACUCCAGCAAAUCCUUCCCAUCGGGUCACUCUGCUCUUUCCAUGUUCGCAACAAUAUUCAUGGUGUGGUACUUACAGAAUCGUCUACCAAACAGGACGUUUCUCCUAAAACCGUGGCUGCAAUGUCUAAUAUCCUUGUGGACAGUGGUCUGUUCCCUGACCAGGAUCGGUGAUAACAGACACCACUGGUGGGAUGUGCUCGCAGGCGUUGUCUUGGGCACAAUCUUCAGUGUGCUAACAGUUACAGUGCAGUGCAAUACAUUUCGUUUAAACAGAAUUGCCUACAAUGAACCGGUAGAGAAUAGGCAAAUUAAUUUCAACAUGAAGACGCAUCACAACGUGAAGAAACUAUUACAAGAGACCACUGUUGACCUUCACGAGGGGCGAGAGUUGAAAAACACGUCGUCGAACUGGAAGGAAUGACCCCCGAUGCUAGUUUUGAAAUAAGUAUUGCAAGGAAUAGUUUGUCAGCCAAAGGAUGUGAAAACUGAAAGAUUGAAAACAUUGAAAACAUCUUCCAAUAUUUAUUUCACGAGGUUUUACAUGGCAGCAAAGAAACCUAACGCAACAUUAAUGUCACUGCGAAACCAAAUGAUUCUAUUUAUUUACAUCGUCAUUCCAAUCACAAAUACGUAUAAAGAGAAUUUCAAGCUUUACUGGUAAUUUGUACAAGACUCUAGCUUUUAAAAUACAUUAACAUUCUUCUACAUAUUGUAAAUAUUCAACUCUCUUCGCUGGAGAGAAUUAAUAGUCAUCUCUCGAACGCAGAGAGUUGAUGAGUAACGAAUAGAGAAUAUUACUGCCAUCAUUUGGCGCUAAUACUGUCCACACACAACAGAAUUUUUAAUGAUAUUAUAAUAUAAACUGUAACGCUAGUUGCUCAUUAGGUAUUAAUGUAUAAAUUUCUUAAAUUAUUCUUAAGUUAUUAACACGUAAUGGUCCCUUCGACUCUUUUCAUUGCUGUGUAAAUCAGCGAGGAACUUUGUGUGCAUGUUUAAAAGGAAUAUUUUGUAUCGUAGAUUAAAAAAAACUGUUCGAAGGAAGAGGGUAAAUAAGUGAGGUGUGUGUAUAUGUGUAAAAGGAAUAUUUUUUAUCGUAAACUAAAAGUCUGUUUAAAAGAGUACCAUUCGCAAAAGCAAUAAAACAUGAUUCAAUUCACAGAAGCAAUAACAAAGUUGAUUCAGU